UUCAGUUGAGCUUUACGGCUCAACUGAAUUAUGAUUAUGUAAAUCUCUCAGUCUACCAAACGCUGUGUUUGAGUCACACGGCAUAGACCAUCCCUUUUCCCAUCGAUUCUGGGAGGAGUAAGAAGAACAGGAAAGUUUUUUGAUUCGGCUUGUGGCGUUUGUUUCCUUAAUCAUUCUAACUCCAGAAUACCGUCUUAAAUUUUGAAUCGCGGAAGCCACCUAAUGUAAUGUAUUUCUGAACAUUUUUUUCUUGAUUUUUAAAUCCUGGUAGUCUGUAUUUUGAAUAAAAUAUUAUUUAAGUAACCGAAACGGCCACAAGAUAUUGUGAGUCGAUACAGAAAUUAUUCAUGAUGGAAUUACGGAUUUUGAGCCCUUUGGUUGUUGUUGUUCUUGUUAACCUGGCUGUAGUCUACGCUCAGACUUCCGCACCUGGAGUAUCCUGUGCUACAUAUUCCAACACCAGCUGUGAACAGUGUCUGAAAAAUGUUUCGUGCCUGUGGUGUAAAACAAAUACGCGAUGCAUCGACUACCCUGUGAGGACCAUUCUGCCACCCCAUUCCCUCUGCCCCCUGUCCUCGGCGCGAUGGGGCAUGUGCUGGAUGGAUUUCCAGGCUCUGAUUAUUGCCAUAUCUGUAAUAGCUGGGAUCAUCCUCAUUGCCAUUUUCAUCUGCUGCUUCUGUUGCUGCAAGUGUGAAAAAAUAGGUAUUCCUAAACUAGAUGCAAAAUUUGCGCAUCAAGGAGAGAAAAGGAAGGCACGUCAGGAGGAGAGGAAAGCCGAGAUGAAAAUGAGACACGAUGAAAUCAGAAGGAAAUAUGGUUUAACGAAGAGCAACCCUUACUCUAAAUUUGAAAACAAUUAACUCCAGUGGAACCAGAGGCUCCUCAACUUUCCAAAUCUUUAUUCGAUGGACGAACAAAUUCCUGUUAGACCACUGAUUGCAGAUUUUUUUCUUACUGAACAGAAAAUUCCAACAUUAAACAAUAAGGCCAAUUAAAUAUAAAUUGUUUUGUGAAGGUGAGUGAACCAUAUUGCUCUUUGCACACACACACCUUUACAUCUCAUUGUAGAAGUCAACCAGUUUAAGAGAUUUUCCUUUGUAAAAGCUGAAUUAUCUUUAAUUCCACUAAGAAGUGAGUUGUUUAAAACUUGUAGACAGAAGCAAUAAAUGCAAUGCAUAAAAUAAUUGAAAAUAAUUUAGUGUUCCUAAAUACAAUUAAUAACAUCUAUUAUUUUAAAAUUUAAUCUAGCAAAUUUAAGAUUGUCAGAGAACUCUUUUAGGUUUAGGAGUUUUAGGUUCAAGAGGUGAUGUGAAUACAUUAGUUAAAGGUCAGGAUUCUGAAUUUGUUUGAUUUCCCAGAGCAGUAGACUCAGCAAACAAGAUAUUUAAACUAGGCUUCAGCAUUGGUUAGAGUUACAACAAAGUCAUUUAUAAUAUUAAGAUAUUUUUCAGUACCAUUUAGUCUAGCUCAGGUGAUACCAUUUUGGGUUUCUUAAAAAUACUAUAUUUUAAGUAGCUAUUAAAAAUUUGAAUGUAAUUUUGUUCUUACUUUGUACGAAUAAAGACAUGGAGUUAGUUACUAUUAAAUUAAGACGUUUGUGACUCUAGCCUGAUAAGACUGACUCAUUUCAUAAGUGCAUUUCUGUUUAAAAAGAGAAGAAUCUGAUAAUGUCAUGUGUGGUUGCUAUUUUUAUCUGGAAAUGUCUGCAAAAAUUAUUUUCCCACAGUGAUAGUUUGAAGAAAAUACUGGUGUAAAGUUCUGUGAAAUUAUACACAGAGCUAACUGCUUGGAAUUCACUCAAAGAUUGAAAUAGCUCUUUUUUUCUCAAGUUUUUGCUCCUUCAGUGGUAGUGACAAAACAUAAAAGAAAAGAAUGAUGUUUCCUGUUAUAAAUGCUAAUGCAGUGUUGGCUUUGUUCCUGUAAUUGCUAGACUUAAUAUCUUUUUGAAAAAAUAUUUAGAUUUCUGUUUGGACGACAAAUUGUUCUCAGAUAUGAUAGCAUUUUAACAUCAUAGUUAUUCUAAAACAAUCUGCAUUGCAAACCAUUAUAAAGAGGGUAUUUUUAACAAAGCUUUCGCAUGUAGAAUAACAAUUUUUAAUGGGUUGAAACAGCAAACUAAUCGGGCACUUGUGGCAUUUCAUAUAGGGACAGAUCAAAGAGAAUUGCUUGAUAUAGGUCUAAUGGUAUAGCCACUUUGAGAAGUUUCACAAUGGUGAAUACUUUCAGAUAUGGUCACGACUUAUUGAAAGCCUGUUUUUGACACAUUGCUAAAUGUAUACGCAAACUUUGUUAGUAACUGUUCUGGAAGGCAGAUGUCAGCGGCAGACACUGAGCAGUAAGUUUUUAACACUUAUGGAAAUUUUACACUUGAAGCACAGCUGCCUAUAUUAUAUAUACCAAAGGAAUAAGAGGAAGAGUUAGCUUUUAAGGGUUAAGCGCUCCCUUGAUAGUUCAGUAGAUCAUCUCAGCCCAGUACUCUUUAAAUCUCAGCUUUGUAUUUGAUCAUUACUCACACCGAAUGUAGAGCUUUACUUAAGUACAGCUUUAUGUACUGAGUAUCAUUUGAUUGAAAAUGUGCUGCACUGUUUUACACUCCAGUUUUUAUAGAAAUAUAGGACCUUCAUACUUUUUGCCCGUUAAGCCUUUUUCAUACGACAAACCAUGAGUAAGGAAACCAUUGUGCCUUACAUCUUGUGCCUUACAACAGUGCUUUGCCGACAAAUUCACUGACCAAAAAUGAGUAGAGGUUGCUUGUGGAUAUUAAUCUUAAGUAUAUUUUUGUAUCUGUUAAAAGCAGCACAUUAUAUAUAUAUAUGAUGUUAUUUACUGUGGUACUUAAAACUUCAUGCUUUUUUGAAUUUGUAUAAUGGUAAUUUUGGUGUUUCCUAAUAAAUUGCAAAUGUAGUGCGAUCACAUAGUGAUUUCUGUGUAGUUUUAAUGUUUCAUUUAUUAGCUUACCAUUAAAAAGAGCUUUUCUGUUUUAAUAAAAGAAAUA